AUGAUGGCCAGCUUUGCAGACCUGGACGGCGGCGAGCCUCCGUACGGACGGGGUCUGCCGUACUAUAGCUAUGUCGCCUUUCAGGAUGUCCUCGGCGGCCCUUCUCACCUUUACUCUCUAUCUCACGCAGAAUUUGAGAAGAACGCAACGACCCUGACGACGGCCGCCUUUUUCGAUGCUUGCAGAGCUAUGGACAUCACCAACAUCGUCCGCGCCUCGGCCGCGGCGUCGCUGCUGUGCCUUGUUCUUCUGAGGCCUCUUAUUCGCAAGAGGCCUGCCUGGUGCUGUGGCUUUGCCCAAGAGUCCUCCUACGUCGAUACCGUACGGCCAUCCUUGAAGAAACCCUGGACAUUCUGGACGGUUUAUUUGGUCGUGGUCGCGCUUGCUGGACUGGUUCAGGGCGUGUCGUCUACUCUCACGCAACCGCGUCGCGUUUUUGACUUGCUGGACUUGGUGCCCUGGGUCAUCGCCGCUCUGAUCACCGCCGUGGACCGGCCUACCAAGACCCCCAAGACCCUCUUGUUUCUCUACUUCGCAAUCUUGGCUUGCGGAGUCGUUUCGACGGCAUUCAGUUACAGACUUCACAAGGUAGUCCCCAAGCUCGUCCUCGCAGACCCCGUCAUCAGUCUGGCUGGCAUCGUUGGCAUUGUGGCGAUGCCGAUGCGGGAUCCGUCGCUCGGAGACUCUGGCAUCGCGUACGCCAAACCCACCGACGAGCUCCGCAGUCCCGAGGAUAAUCUAUCCCUGUGGAGAUUCAUGACGGUUUCGUGGAUGGCGCCAAUGAUCUCAAAGGGCUACGAGAAGCAGCUGCACAACGAAGAUGUAUGGCAAUUACCGUUCGAUUUCCAGCAUGAGCGCCUCCACGGCCUGUUCCACGAGCUCCGUGGGUCCAUGACCGUCAAGCUCUUUUCAGCAAAUGGAUUGGACUUGAUCAUUCAGUCUUUCCUCGGCAUCGUCGAAUGCGCCGCCGCGCUCUCCGUCCCCAUGUUGUUGCAGCAGCUCCUGCGGGCCAUCCAGGGCGGUUCCAAGAACAUUGAGGUGUCCAUCCUGUACGCCAUCGGUAUAUUGGCUGUCCGUCUCAUUGCCUGCCAGGCUGCCGUCUUCCAACUCUGGUUCUCUAGGCGUUGCUACGAGAGGUCCCGUGGAGAAAUGAUUACGACGCUUUACGCCAAAACUCUAUCGCGGAAACACUUUGGUCAGCCGGCUGCCGAGAAGAUGAAUGACGAAACUCGAGAGGACGGAGAUGACGAUAAUGAUGACGAAGAUGAAGACACAGAAGCUGGUACCGAUGAUACCGACAGUGGCAGCGAGCCGACCAGCCGUCUCGGGAGGCUGUUUGGUUGGUUCAAACGUGGACGAUCAACGAAUCACAAGUACCGCCGGUUGCAAAAGCAAAAACCAACAAGGCAGCCUGCCACCACUGGAAAGAUUCUCAAUCUGAUGAGGAAUGACGUCUAUGAGGUUGCCCAGCGAUUCUGGGAGUUCCCGGCUCUGGUCGUGAAGCCGCUCCAGUUCAUCUUCUCUUUCUUCCUCGUAUGGCAGCUCCUUGGCUGGUCAUGCAUGUUUGGCAUGUUUUGUGUCAUGCUUGCUCAGAUGCUGAACACCAUCUUCAUCACCCAACUUCUCAAAAAGGAACGCGUCCGCAGGGCCGCUACUGAUGCUCGGUUGCAGUCUACGUCGCAGUUUGUCGAAGGAAUCAGGCACUUGCGCUGGUAUGACUGGCAAUCAAAGUGGCUGGAUGCCAUCAUGGUCACUCGACGACACGAGCUGAAGACCAGAGUCGUUACCGGCUUAUGGAGUAUCGCGAUUUCUACACUCAACAUUACCUCUGGCACGCUUUUCCCUGUUGCGACCUUCUUCGCCUAUACGUUCGUUGCCGGAAAGACUCUGUCAGUUGAUGUGGCCUUUCCCGCUCUUUCUCUCUUCACUUUGCUAGAGACUAGCUUCAAGGAAUUACCAGGUCUCAUCACGGUUGUUCUAAACGCAUCUAUCGCCAUGGGACGCAUUGAGGAGUUUAUGAGCGAGCCUGACAAGGACGGCGUGUUCUCAGAUCACCUCACGAACGACAUCAAGUUCACAAAGGCUACGUUCGCCUGGCCCGGAUACGAGCAACCCGUACUAAGGAACCUCGAUAUCAGCUUCCCGCAGGGCCUCACGGUUAUCUUUGGCAAAGUCGGUUCUGGCAAGACUGCAUUGUUGCAAGCGAUCCUUGGAGAACUUGACCGGCAAAUAGGCGACGUCAUUAUCCCAACAGAACCUAUUGGAUACUGUGCUCAGAGUCCCUGGCUGCAGCACAUGAGCAUCCGCGACAACAUCCUCUUCUCGGCGCCCUUUGACGCCACGAGAUACACUCAGACUCUUGAUGCGUGUGCUCUGCUCCCCGACCUGGCCACCUUCAAGCAUGGGGACCUGUCUGACAUGGGCGAGAACGGAAUCGGCUUAUCGGGCGGACAAAGGGCACGGGUCGCUUUGGCCCGCGCCGUUUACAGCCAGUCUCGCGUGCUGCUGUUGGACGACCCCCUCGCUGCUCUGGACCACAAUACAGCUGAAUCCAUCGUGAAGAAGCUUCUCCAGGGUCCGCUGGUGGAAGGCCGCACCGUCGUGCUCGUGACGCAUCGAGUGGACCUGUGUCUUCAUCUCGCCAGCCAAAUGGUCGAAGUCGUCGACGGUACGGCUCGCGUCUUGAACUCUAAAGAAGCAUCUGCAGAAGUCGCCAAGUUCCUCCUGGAAGAUGAGGACCCGGCAGCUCACCAGGACGACCAUGAGCACACCCUCGAUGAAAGCCAGCAAGACGCCGCCAUACCGUCCAAGUUCAUCGAAGAGGAGUAUCGCGCUCACGGCGGCGUCAUGUUAUCGGUUUACUGGACCUACAUCAAGGCCGGUAAGCUCAAGUGGUGGGCUGUGCUUGUCUUGGUGUUUGCCUUGUUUAGACUGGGCAGCCUUCUCAACUACUGGUUCCUCAAAGCGUGGGGUGAGGCAUACACGCACGAGACAUCGGCGAAGAGGACGUCCGAUGGCAUCGACUUUUCCAAGCUUUUUGCUGGGCUCCCGGACCCAGAUACCGAUUUGAAGCCCUGGUUGUGGGUCUAUCUCGGGAUCGCCGUUGCUCAGGCUGUGAUUUACACAUUGUCGGAAGGACUUACGCUACUCAUGAUCAUCACUGCGGCAAGGGAUCUUUUCAAGAGAGUCAUCAACAAAGUCGGCCGAGCAACUUUCCGGUUCUACGACGUCACCCCAGUGGGACGCUUGAUGAAUCGUCUCGUCUCCGACAUUGGCAUGAUUGACGGCGGCAUCAUGUCACCCCUGCGCGAAGUUGCCGUGCAGUCAAUCACCUGGUUCUCCAGCAUGGUAGUCAUUGCUUCAGUCACGCCGCUUUUCCUACUCUUCUCGGUCGGCAUGACGCUCUGGUUCGUCUACAUCUUUAUGCGGUUCCUACCCACUUCGCAGAGCCUGCGAAGGCUGGAAAUGGUCUCCCUCAGCCCGCUCAUGUCCAACUUUGGAAUCCUGCUUGACGGACUCGCGACCAUCCGCGCCUUCAAAGCGCAGCACCACUUCCAGAACAUGAACAUUGUCGUCACCGACGCCUUCCAGAAGAUGGACCACUUCUACUGGAGUCUCCAGGCCUGGCUCAUGUACAGAUUCGACGCCCUCUCCGCCAUCUGCACCUUUGCGCUCACUCUUCUCGCGCUCUACAAGGGUCUCUCGCCCGGUCUGACCGCCUUCGUCCUGACGACUGCGUCGGCGUUUGUCGAGGCGACGCAUACCCUCUGCAAGCAGUACGGUACACUGCAGAUGGACUUCGUUUCGGUCGAGCGCGUCAUUGAGCUUCUGGACAUCCCCGAGGAGCCUUGCGGUGAAUUGCAGCCUCCCGCCAGCUGGCCUCACCACUCGGACGACGUCGUCUUUGACAACGUUACUUUAAAGUAUGCACCUCACUUGGACCCCUCCAUCUCGGAAGCCUCCUUCACCAUCCCCGGAGGUUCCACUUGCGCGGUGCUGGGUAGGACGGGGUCUGGUAAGUCCACCCUGGCCCUCGCCCUCCUCGCGACGAUGCACCCUUCGGAGGGCGCCAUCCGCGUCGGAAACUUUAAGCUGUCUGACGUGGACGUUCACGUGUGGCGGCAGCGCGUCAGCUUCGUAGCACAAGAUCCUGUUCUCUUCCCCGGAACGCUGAGAGACAAUCUCGACCCGCUGCGCCAGUAUACCGACAGCGAGUGCGUGCUUGUCUUGCACCGGGUCUUGGGUCCCGGCUGGGACUUGUACUCCCACGUCGACGGCGGUGGGAAGAACCUCAGCCAGGGACAGCGGCAGCUCAUCGGGAUUGGCCGGGCCGUCCUUAGAAGGAGCCCGAUUGUGGUCUUGGAUGAAGCCACGGCGUCGAUUGAUAAGGAGACGGCUGCCAGAGUGCAGGAGGUGCUGAGGAAUGAGUUGACUACGAGCACCGUCAUCACGAUUGCUCACCGGCUGGAGGCUGUUCAGGACGCCAACUACUUUAUCCGCCUGGACAAGGGAAAGAUUGUAGAGCAUGGCCCUGCGCAGGGGAUCAGUCAGUAA